CGACGGUGCAGAAAAUGGCGUCUGCACAGACUACGGACCGCCGCUGUGGUUUGUUACCCGUUUGAUUCCGAGCCGAUAUCAGGGCCGUGCGGGGACGACAUGGCGGUGCACCUCUGCGGUCCGUUUGCGUGAUUCCGGAGCCCUAAACCCCCCGCAACUCAUGUCUGAAGGAGCCAGAGCUGCCUGGUCGAAGAGGGGCUGUGGGGAUUCGCAUCGCCGAGAACCAGGGAAACACAAACACAGGAAAUGUGAGCGGCCCCUUAGCGCCCUGCCGUUGAAGCCUGUGAUUGUGCGCCCAGGCUCCAAAAGGUGUGUUAUGUCGGGGGGGGAUGUGGAGGUGUACCUGUCCCAGGUGCAUGAUGGGAGUGUGUCGUCGGGCUUCCGGGCGCUGUACGAGGAGCGCCUGCUCCUGGACGUCACACUGCUGAUAGAGGAGCACCACUUCCAGGCCCACAAGGCCCUCCUGGCCACGCAGAGCGACUACUUCCGGGUGAUGUUCACAGCCGACAUGAGGGAGCGGGACCAGGACAAGAUCCACAUGAAGGGGCUGACGGCUGCAGGGUUCGGCCACGUGCUCCGCUUCAUGUACUACGGCUCGCUGGAGCUCAGCAUGCCUACUGUCCAGGAGAUCCUGCAGGCGGCCAUGUACGUCCAGCUGACGGAGGCGGUGGAGUUCUGCUGCUCCUUCCUGCUGGCCAAGAUCUGCCUGGAGAACUGCGCCGAGGUCAUGCGGCUGCUGGAGGACUUCAGCGUGGGCGUGGAGGGCGUCCAGGAGCAGCUCGACAACUUCCUCCUCGACAACUUCGUCCCUCUCAUGAGCCGACCCGACUUCCUGUCCUACCUCAGCCUCGAGAGACUGCAGGCCUACCUGGACAGCGACGCUCUGAGCCGUUUCCCAGAGAUCGAGCUGUACGAAGCCGUCCAGGCGUGGCUCCGACACGACCGCCGCCGCUGGAGGCACACCGACACCAUCGUCCAGUCCAUCCGCUUCUGCCUCAUGACCCCCGCCAACAUCUUCGAGAAGGUGAAGACGUCCGAGUUUUACCGUUACUCCAGGCAGCUGAGACAGGAAGUGGACCAGGCGCUCAGCUACUUCCACGACGUCAACCAGCAGCCUCUUGUGGACACGCGCUCCAACCGCAUCCGCUCCGUCCGUCCGCAGACCGCCGUCUUCAGGGGAAUGAUAGGACACAGCAUGGUCAACAGCAAGAUCCUGCUGCUGCACCGCCCCAAGGUGUGGUGGGAGCUGGAGGGACCUCAGGUGCCUCUGCGGCCGGACUGCCUGGCCAUCGUCAACAACUUUGCCUUCCUGCUGGGCGGAGAGGAGCUGGGGCCCGACGGCGAGUUCCACGCCUCCUCCAAGGUCUACCGCUACGACCCGCGGCAGAACUCCUGGCUGCGCAUGGCCGACAUGUCUGUGCCCAGGUCGGAGUUUGCUGUGGGCGUCAUCGGCAAGUUUAUUUAUGCCGUGGCGGGCCGCACACGAGACGAGACCUUCUACUCCACCGAGCGCUACGACAUCACCGAGGACCGCUGGGAGUUUGUCGACCCGUAUCCGGUGAACAAGUACGGUCAUGAGGGAACGGUCCUCAACGGCAAACUAUACAUCACCGGUGGCAUCACCUCCUCCUCCACCUCCAAACAGGUGUGCGUGUUCGACCCCGGGCGGGAGGGGGGCGGAGGAGGCGGGGGAGGCGGAGGAGGGGGAGGGAGCUCAGGUGGGGCGGACGUGCACAGGACACGCGCCGGCCGCGGUCCGCUGCUUCCCGGCAGCCACACCAACUGCUGGGAGAACAAGUCCAAAAUGAACUACGCCCGCUGCUUCCACAAGAUGAUCUCCCACAACGGGAAGCUGUACGUGUUCGGAGGGGUGUGUGUGAUCCUGCGGGCUUCCUUUGAGUCCCAGGGCUGCCCGUCCACCGAGGUGUACGACCCAGAGACAGACGAGUGGACCAUCCUGGCCUCCAUGCCCAUCGGGCGCAGCGGCCACGGGGUGGCAGUGUUGGACAGGCAGAUCAUGGUGUUGGGCGGCCUGUGUUACAACGGCCACUACAGUGACUCCAUCCUCACCUUCGACCCGGACGAGAACAAGUGGAAGGAGGAUGAGUAUCCCAGGAUGCCUUGCAAACUGGACGGUCUGCAGGUGUGCAGUCUGCACUUCCCAGAGUACGUGCUGGAGCACGUGAGACGCUGCAGCUGAGGUCUGCUCCACACCGAGCCUCCUUUUUUUAGAAAUGGGAAUGCACCCGUCGAGGACUGGAGCCUCCCGUUGGGAGUUUAGGUGUUUACAGGUGUGAGACUGAUAUUCUACUGAUGCGCGAGGUUUAAACCGGUGACCGGUGCUUACUUACGGCGAGGAAACGAUGGCCCAGUCCGUUAGUUUUGCUUUCCUCAACAAAGGCAACUGGAUCGUGACGAGAGGUCAGCUUGAACAUUUUCAGAAUUAGCUUUCUCAGAAAAUACAGGAAAAAUAUUUGGGGGGGUUCAUUCCACUGGUUUAAUUUUGGACUAUGGUCGGUUUCCUAUUCUACUACUCACCUACUGUAUUUAGGCUCUCCAGUCAGGCUUAUGGCAGAAACGCACUGGAAGCAUCAUCAGACACACAUUUACACUUGUACAACCGUCUUUGUUCCAGCAGCCUGUCAGACCUCUGUGUCGCAUCUGGAGCCACAGCGACGGCUGACCUGUUUCAGCACAAACAAACAUCUUUUAUACUGUUAACCAAGUUGUUGUUGAGAAGUUUGUAAUAGGAAACCCUGACAUGGCCCAGGCUAAUUAAGAAAAUCCAUAAAUACCCUGUAAUAUAGACAACUGCAAACUUAAACUGUUAGUUAAGCUUGUAGCAUACAAUCAGGUGUAGGGAUGAAAUAUGAACACUAUAUUAGACUAGCUGCUCUAAUGGUUUGUCUCCAGAUAUAUGAAGCAAACUGCAGGGAGGGGCUGAUAUUACCCACGUUAGUGAAAAGCUGCUGCAGUGCACUGUAAAAGCAUCAGAAUAAGAGUUUCAGAUAACACGCAUCAAUAAUCGCUUCCAGUGCGUUUCAGCUUCAGUCUUAAUUCUGCUCUUCACCUCCUAUUAUCCACCAUACUGUACUCAUGUUCAUGUAACAUCACACUGUCUCUUUGUGUUCCCCCCUUCCUUUCUCUGUCUCCUGGUUUGACGAUAUGAGUGUGUGUGUGUUUGUGUGUGUGAGAGCGAGAGUGAAACACUCCUAGGCAGCUGAAUGAAUAAUUUGAAAAAAAAAAAAAAAAACACUAUAUGGUGCGGUAGGGUUUGUUCUUCACGUAGUGGUGGUGAUGAUGAUGAUGAAGAUGGUGGUGAUGAUGUCAUGACUGCACUGCGGUGACACGGCUCUGCCCGGUAACUUACAGAAACAUAACGUCACACACUACAGGGGUCAAAAGCUCUUUUUUUUUUUUUUUUUUUUUAAACGGAUAAUGUGUGUGUGUGAAAGACACUCAUCGCUUCACUUCAGCGUCACUGUCUGUUCUCUCGUGUGUUGGGUUUUCAUCACGGCCGGUGGAUUUUGACUUUUGCAAGACAUCGUUUGACCAGCUAGACUUUCCAAAAAACCUUGAACAUCACAGCAUGUUGUGAUGUUGCAGACAUGUUAGCAGUGUCCUAAAUUAACUCAUUAGCUCGCCUGCCAAAGGCUGGUACACUAAAAAAAAAACAAUGAUUAAGCACAUAGGAACAUCAUGCUACCUGUUUGCAGUGCUGUUUCAUGUGUAUCAUCAGUUAUUGACCCGUGUUGAUUUAUUGGCCAAACGCAAAUUUUCAGUGUUAAUUUCGGACUCUGCUUGUUUGAAAACUCCCUGAAAAGCUGUUUUCUCAUGUCAGAAGAGUCAAGAGUCAUAGCAGAUGCAUCAACUGAUCCGUUAUGAUCUUUGUAUCCAGCAGUUUUUUUUUUUUUUUGUCCAGCGCCUUGAUAAAUCCUGCUUUAUAACCAGCUCAAUGUUUUGGACCUAGUCCUCUCUGUAUAUUUAUUUUUAUUUUUUCAAUAUUUUUAAUGAGCCAACUGUGAAAAGGGCUAGAGCAUACACUGAUGCAGUUUUUCUUUUGUCCUUAUGCUGUGUAUUUAAUUUAUUUAUUUUGCAAGGCACCACUGUCACCAAGCUAUGCACCAAGUAUACCAGUAGUGGGAUUGUUUAUUUGGAUAUGAACUGCAUUGUGAAUCAUCCUUUUGCAUCAAGAGAGAGAGAGAGAGAGAGAGAGAGAGGCCAUGGCAUUUCAUUGUGCUUUAUGGUGGUCUUUGCUUGUCUCGCCCCUCUCUACCUUUAUGUCCUUUCCAUCUCAGCUGCACUGUACAGGAAAAAUGAAGGAAUGCUUUUGGAAACAGUCUUUCGUUUUUGCUAAAUGUCGAUUGGAUUGCCAAGACAUGGGAUUGACAAAACCAGCUAGCCUCCAGUGGAAAUAUUGGUAAAACGUUACUGAUGCAGUUAAAGGUGAAUACCGGUGUCAUUUAUGGAGUUGUUGCCCAUUUGCUGCGGUCUACAUCUAGUUUACGUUUCCCCCGGUCACUUUCUAAGACAGGCUGUACGUGAUCAGAUUUUUAAAAACCAUUUCCUCAGUUUACUCUUUAACAAGCACGAGCCCAUCCAGACCCACGGUGCUCCUGCGUGCAUCCCUACUAAUGCUGUUAGUCCACCAGAUAGUACCAACUCUACUCGGCCCGACUCCGCUCGCUUUAAUUUUCUGGAUUUUGCUGCUCGCUUGUGGGCAUGUUGACUAGUUGUUCCUCCUUUCUCUACCAUGAGUCUUUCAUUUUCAAAAAAUCAAGACCAGCUCGAAACGACUACUUCAAAUGAACAAUAUUAGUGUAACUUGGAGAGGGGGAAAAAACGUUAACGUGGAUAGAUUAUCAACUACAAAACACCCCUGCAUAGCCCGAGGCGGUACUGUACACACCGUGGGAAAAACAUAAAUUUUAAUGUCGUGACGGGAAGCAGAGCCAAAGGUAUGACAGCACAGGUUUUACAGUGAAAUAAGGAGAACACAAAGGGUUUUUGUUAUUGUUCUCUUGCUCUGUGGAGGUUUUUCUUACUGUACAAGAAUGAAUGGUUUCCUCUGAAAGUGAAAACUAUUCUGACUGUUCAGGAAGAAUGCAAUGAAGAGGCGAAGUUAGAUCAGUGUCACAAACUGUAAAACAAAACAAAACAAAAAAAAACACCGGUAUUCACCCGUCAGUAAUUGUCAGUCACACCAGUGAUGUUGAGUUCAUGUGAAAGCACGUCAGCUUGGUUUUGUCUUUGGGGAAAGUCCUUGGUGGUUUAUGGCGCCGUUAAAAAAUAUUAGUUUGUGUAAACUUCAUGUUAAUGCCUCUGUGGGGAGAAGUCAUGAUUGAGUAUGGAGUUACUUUUGUAUCUUUAUUUUAAAAUUGAACCAAAAAAAAAAAAAAAAAAAGAUUUGAAAGCAAAAACAAAAUGUGGAGAAAUACAUCAGAGAAUUAGUCAAAUGCCAUUUAAUUAUAGUUAAUAUCAUUAUACUAAGCUGAGCAAGAGUAUGGGCCAUUUGCCAUGAUGCAAACAUUAUCCUAAGCAUCCUUUUUGUUUUCUCAUUGCAGCUUCAUCAAAAUCCACCUCAAGAAAUUAAUUCAACCCCUAAAAGCCAAAGUAGUCAGUGUUAGCAUUUGAUAUAGCUUUAGGCAAUCAUUUCCCUAUUCCCCUUAGGUUCCAAAUUUAUGUCACACCUUAGAGUCUUCUGUGUAAUUCUCAAUAUUCCCAAUCUACAACUUGGGACAACAAGAUUUCCAUCAGACAAAGCUGAGCUGGAAUAACGGCAGCACUGAUUGGCUCUGAGUUUGAAAAAUAGCACUUCUGUUUUUUAUUCUCUGCAAGGCGAGCUAACAGGCUGAGUGAAUUCAAAUUAAAGGUGUAGUAUGCAACUUUUACAAGCAAAUAAUCUAUUGUUGCGUACAAUCUAGUGCCGAUCGAGGUCACACGGUGAUGAUUAAGCCUUUUACCUGCGCAUAUAAACUACAUUUUGCAUUACCGUGGACUUGCCAAUGAAGUGAGGGGCAAGGGGCGGAGCUAUAUGUGUAGCCCCGCCUCUCAAGUGCCGUGAUAGGCGAGCAGGGAAAGGCGCCAUCCAACCAUCACCCUAAUCCCCUAACCUUACUUCGCAAUUUCUAUUGAAAUCCUAUGCUGGUUAUUGAAAUUAUAGCAUUGCCAAUUAGUUUGCCUAAGAGCUCCAUGACAGACAAGCUAGAAGUGGAUCAUAGCGAAAAUUAAUUUAUAAAAUAAACUUGUAACUGUAAUUUAUGAUGAUAAUUUAUAAUAAGUUAAAUCAUGAAAUGAAACAGUUGUUUAUUUCCAGCUGCUGACGUUGUGACCAAAAAGAUCCCAGUGAAUGAAAAGACACUGUUGGUGAAAGGAGCCAAAAAUGAAAGCUGUGAUUGUAAAUCUUUCUUUCAUCACUUUUGAGUUAUUUUAUCUGGGUUUAUUUGUUUUAUUUUUUUGUUGUUGUUGUUUUAAAAUUACGAUACAAAAGCACCUCCAUACUCGAGACGUUUCCCUGCCAGGUGAACACACAGGGGAAGAGGCGUUGGUAAAGGCAGGCCUCGUCUUUCACUCCAUGUCCCUCGUGUCUGAUGUGUCUCUGUAUCUUCGAUCAGCAUCAUGAACAUGGAAAAUGCCAAACUCCAGCCUUCAUCACGCUGCUCCUCCUCCUCCUCCUCCUCCUCCUCCUCCUCCUCCUCCUCUCACCUGCUGUUGAAAACGUGUAACCGAUACUACUGUCCUUAUUUCAGGCACAUCCAGUCUUAGCACAGCAUCUUUUAGUCCAUCCGUCUUCAGUCUCUCAGUAGGAUAAAAGAAUAGAAUAACGAGGAUUAAAAACAUACCCUGUUACAACGACUGUAUCUGAAAAAGGAAGUUAAAAGAAAUCAGAUUAACAUACCUAUAAUCUGAGUAGUAACUCUUUGGAACGAUUUGUAAUUUCUUUCCAGAAAUAAAUGUUCAUAUUGUUCGAC